AUGCCAUUCAAUUUGUCGUCCUUCUACAUGGCACCAAUAUGGGCAUCAAGAAACAAUGAAAUCUCCAAACGACAAACGAACGAGAAUGACUAUGAUUUUAAUCCCCUGGAAUUCUACAGAAGUCUGGAGAGUAUAAUAGAAAGCUAUGGCUUUGACAAAUCUUGCUGGAAACGCUCGAUUUGUGAAUUGGCUCGUCAUCCCUUCGAGAGGAUCGAUGAUAAUUGGUUAAUAGAUCUCGUAACAUUCGUAAUGACCCCUUCUCAGUUCAAAAUAAUAUCUGCCCAUGAAGCUGAAGAACAACCAAAUCCUUACAAUUUAGCCGAACAUCUGGGACGCUCUGGAAAACUAUGCCAUCAUUUGUACCCGAAGUGUAAGAAUGAUCCUCUGAAUAUGUUGACAAUCGUUUUCGAAUAA